AUGGGGGAAUACCAGUUGGCCCUGAAGGAUUUUGACCGUGUUCUUCAGCUGAAGCCUAGGCAUUUUGCGUGCUUAUCCGCGUGCGGCAUGGUCUACCAGGCCAUGGGCCUUCAUCAGGAAGCAGCUGACUGGUUCAAACUAGCCCUCCAGGUCCAUCCCACCUUGGCGGACGCCCGAACUUCGCUGGACAGGAUCGAGCGCAACGAGAAGGUCGAUGCCCUGCUGUCUCCGCGCAUCUCUGAGGUCACCGCAGCGAUCCGAGGCGAGACAGCAAUUCCGGCGGAGCCUUUCCAAGACUCGCCGAGAGUCUCGUGGGAUGUGCAUCGAGAGUUGCAAGAGGGCGGACGUGAUGAUGGUGCUGUCGUUUACAUUUUUCGGGCCAACGUUAGUCACCCGGUCGCUGGAGACUGCGCUGUGCGGAGCCUCGCGAGGUUCCACGUGUUGCGGCUCGGGUCGGGGCUCGUCCAUCCCUCCUCUUUCUCGAUGGACGGUUCUGCCGAGUUUUUCCUGGAGCCCGGCGAGACGUACAGGUUCUGCUGGUCCGUCGUGCUCGGGGAGGUGCUGCAGGGGGUUGCCGGGGGUCUACUGGUCGAGCGAGCUGGCAAAUCCCGGCAGGGGGACCAGGACUUGAACCUCGCUUCGCAUACCGGAGCUUCGAUCAUGUGCGCUGCUGUGAUAUCCCGGUCGUUCCUGCAGAGAGGGUAG